UUGUAGGAAUAGUAUUAACUAGCGGCAUUAGUUAAAUACAAGUUAAAUCGUGUGGACGCAAAUACUCCGCUCGGUACAGUAACGAAAAAUAUUUUCAACGCAUUUAAAUUCCAUCAACUAAUAUCCACAACAACAACAUGGUUUACGCUGUCAAGAGCAAGAACGAUUUCGAUCAACAACUCGAAAAUGCUGGUGAAAAAUUGGUGGUAGUUGAUUUCUUUGCCACCUGGUGUGGUCCCUGCAAAAUGAUUGCUCCCAAAUUGGAAGAACUCUCCAAGGAGUAUGUUGACAAAAUUGUCAUCAUCAAGGUUGAUGUUGAUGAGUGUGAAGAUAUUGCCAUGGAAUACAACAUCUCCAGCAUGCCCACUUUCAUUUUCAUCAAGAACAAGCAAAAGGUUGAAGAGUUUGCCGGCGCCAAUGCCGACAAAUUGACCAACACAAUCCAAAAGUUGGCUUAAAAACAAUUUAAAUUUUAUAAAUUUAUUUAUACAUAAAACCAAACAGUUGUGCAUAACACUCUGCAGCCUACAAUUAAACAUAAAUACACUUUUAUUAGCCCAAUAUACAUAAAUAUGCUUUAAAGUUUUGUUUUUUCUUUAUUUUGUUUAAAAUUUUGUUUCUUCUACUUUUUUAUAUUUAUACAUUUAUAAAUUUUUCUUUAAAAAUUGUUUAAAUUUAUUUGUAAUUUAUUAAAUUUUUUUUUGUUUUAAUUAUUUAAAAUAAUUUCAUUAUAUUAUUGUGAAAACCAGUUGUGAAACAUUCUUUAAAUAAUAAAAAAUAAUUAAAAGACAUCAAAGUUGUUAAAUAUUUCAAAAUAAAAACUUAGUAGAAGCUACAUACAUAAAUAAA